CAAGCUGCCCAAGCCGCCCGCCGCCGCCGCGGCCGCGGCGGCCGAGGCGCCCGGGGCCGGCGCGGGCAUGGAGCGCUCGCAGAGCCGCCUCAGCCUGUCCGCCUCCUUCGAGGCGCUCGCCAUCUACUUCCCGUGCAUGAACUCCUUCGACGACGAGGACGCGGGGGACAGCCGGAGGCUGAAGGGGGCCAUCCAGAGGAGCACGGAGACCGGCCUGGCGGUGGAGAUGCCCAGCCGGACCCUGCGCCAGGCCAGCCACGAGUCCAUUGAGGACAGCAUGAAUAGCUACGGCUCAGAGGGCAACCUUAACUACGGGGGAGUUUGCCUGGCGUCAGAUGCGCAGUUCAGCGACUUCCUCGGCAGCAUGGGGCCAGCGCAGUUUGUGGGCCGCCAGACCCUGGCCACCACGCCGAUGGGGGAUGUGGAGAUCGGCUUGCAGGAGCGCAAUGGCCAGCUCGAAGUGGACAUCAUCCAGGCUCGGGGACUGACAGCCAAGCCAGGCUCCAAGACACUGCCAGCGGCCUACAUCAAGGCCUACCUGCUGGAGAACGGCGUCUGCAUUGCCAAGAAGAAGACCAAAGUCGCUCGCAAGUCGCUGGACCCACUGUAUAACCAGGUGCUGCUGUUUCCUGAGAGUCCCCAGGGCAAAGUCCUGCAGGUGAUCGUGUGGGGGAACUAUGGGCGGAUGGAGCGGAAGCAGUUCAUGGGUGUGGCCCGUGUGCUGCUGGAGGAGUUGGACUUGACCACCUUAGCCGUGGGCUGGUACAAGCUCUUCCCCACCUCCUCCAUGGUGGACCCAGCUGCGGGCCCCCUGCUCCGGCAGGCGUCCCAGUUGUCCCUUGAGAGCACCGUGGGGCCCUGUGGUGAGCGAUCUUAGGGCCGGGGUUGAGGGGGGCUCCCCGACAAGGCCUGGAGAACGCCCAGCCCCAACCUGGGACCCCAGGCCCAGGGGCACAUUGAAUACAGGAGGACGGGGUUCUCCCCCACAGCGGGGAAGCAGAACGGGGAAACCUGCCCCCCAGGGCCCCUCCUCACCCUCUCUUUGCCUCCUACCCCCUGAGACCUUCCCUCUCCCAACGGGAUUGGCUGCACUUUUGACUUGGCCGGUUCUUGACCUGGUGGAUGUGGCUGCAAUCCGGAGAAAGGAAAGACUGAGGUGGCAGAGCAAACCAUCCUCCUGUCCCAGACACUGUCCAACUGCUCCCCAUUUUUUGCCUCCUCGGAAGCUCGCUGCCCGGAGCCAAGUCCAGAACCCAGCGGCCAUCUCCAUGGUGCCAAUUACCAGCAAGUGUCUUUCCUGCGGCACCGGGUUCAGGCAGCUACUCCUGCCCCAAAGCCGAUGGGGCAGCUUUGCAAGGAUCCGGAGCCAGCUCCCAGGGGGCCCAGAGCCUCCCACUUGAAGAGGAGCUCGGCCUCCCUCCGCCUGCCCGUGGAAGGAGCUUUGCCGCAGCCUGUCUGAGUCCAUCUGUCUGUCCCUUCCUGCCUGCCCCUCUUCCAGUGGCUCUAGGAAUUGGGGUCCAGCAGGGACCAAAGGAAAGGAGGUGGUGCCCUGGGCCUGGCACAGACCCCCAGGGUGCCCUGCUCCGUAGGAUUGCAACAAGCUAGUUUGGAAAUGGUGGACUGGAAAGAACUGGGUCAUCUGCGUUUUGGUGGAGGAGCUGCGGGACCCUGAUUUUUGAGAACCCCAAGUCCAGAGAGCUCACCAUCUCUGAAUUUUGGGGACGCUGGAUUGGAGAGGGAGUCUGAGUAAAGUUGGGAUUGGGACUGGUGGUGCCAAGGCAAGGGUUUCUCAAAUAGGAGAAUCCCUCCUCGUUGGAUGAGGUCAGAGGUCUUCUUGUCCACCCCUCUGCCUCCAGGCUAGGGGUCUGGGGAGGUAACAGAGCUUCCCUAUUUUAGUCUUUUUAAACAAACCAUCCUGUACUAAGGGCAGAACCCACUGCCCCGGCUUCAACUACCUUGGCUCAUGAGUGUAAGAAUCGGGAGAUUCCUUCUCAAGCAGGCCUGGGUAGCUGCCUUCCUGGCCCGGCCCUCCCCGAGGCCUACGGAAGCCCUUUUGCAUGCUGGGAGGACACAGGCUGGCCCCUCUCUGUAGAAGCACAUUUCUGCCACCUCCCCCUGGGAGGCACCCAGCAGCCCACCACCCCUCAUUACCCAGUCCCUGCUGUGUAGGGCGUAGUCCAGGUUAGCUGGGUAGAGUUAGUGUUCCAGGCCCUGGGGCCUGUUCUUAGCUUGCAUAUAGUCCUUACAGAGCUCCAGGACGGGGUGGAGAGGAGAUAGCCGUCUCCCCACUGGUCUGGGUCUGGGCCUGGAGCCUGGGUCAU